UAGAGGGAGAGAGGAUAGUUGCCUUAGAUUGCACGCUUGUGCAUCGCUUGUCUUAGAAUACAAGGGACUGAACGAGAGCAAACGGCAGGAUGGGCGAUCGCUUGGAAGAGAGAAAGGAUUUUACUGCGGAGGUGACCGCGAAGCUUCCUGAAGCCAAGAAGCUUGCAGAGGGGGGAAAGCUCGCGGAUGGUUUGGACAUCAUCAUGAGCCUGGAGCGGCUGUGCCGCGUAGGCAACGAUUUCCCUAACCUAAAGGAAGUUAUUCUGACGGCGGCUCGGCUCUGCCGGCAAGUGGAGGACUGGGCGCAGCUCAACACCACCCUCACGCUCAUUUCCAAGAGGAGAGGGCAGCACAGCAAGGCCGUCACGGCCAUGGUGCAGGAGGCCGUGGGGUGGCUGGACGAAACACCGGACAAGGACACUCGCGUGUUGCUGCUGGUAGCGCUAAGGGACAUCACGGACGGAAAGAUUUACGUGGAGGCCGAGAGAGCCAAGCUCACCAGAAUGCUUGCCAAGAUCAAGGAGGAGGACGGGGACGUGGCGGGUGCCGCCGAAGUGUUGCAAGAGGUGCACGUUGAGACCUACGGAGCGCUCACAAAGAAGGAGAAGGCGGACUUCAUUCUUGAACAGAUCCGCCUGACCCUGGCGAAGAAGGACUUCGUGAGGGCCUUGAUCCAGAGCCGGAAGAUCAACCGCAAGGUUCUUCUCGACGAAGACAUGCAAGACAUCAAGGUUCGGUUCUACAAGUUGAUGAUCGAGUACGAUACCCACGAGAAGGCUACCUUCGAUCUCUGCCAGGACUUCCACUCGAUCUACGACACCCCCUCUGUACGGGAUAAGGAGGGGGAGGAAUGGAAGCAGUAUCUCCAGGCAGCCGUGUUGUUCCUGGUCCUGUCGCCAAACGGCAACCACCAGCAGGACAUGCUGUUCCGAGUCGCCGAGUACAAGAAGCUGGAGGAGCUGCCGGCCUACAAGAUGCUGGUGAAGCUCUUCACCACCCCCGAGAUCAUCGGGUACCCCGUCGAGAACCAGGAAGCGCUUGAAUCGGAUCCGUGCCUCGCCGCAGGCGGGCCGGAACUACUCGCAAAGUGGAAGGAGGAUCUGAAGCUCCGCAUCGUGCAGCACAACAUCCGCACGGUGGCGUCGUACUACAAGCAGAUCAACACGAAGAGGCUGGCGGACUUGCUGGGUUUGGACGAAAAUCAGGCGGAGCGGAAAGUGGCAGACAUGGUGAGCGACGGGUCGUUAGCGUACGCCAAGAUCGACCGGCCGAAGGGAAUAAUCAACUUUGACAAGAGAAAGCCAUCGGAAGAGAUUCUUUCCGAGUGGAACUCCGACAUCGGCCAACUUCUCCAGCUGGUGGAGCGCAGCUGUCACCUUAUCAACAAGGAGAACAUGUUGCACAAAAUCGAGUGAAUGGAGACCGGGGGGGAGGGGGGAGCGAAACGUAGCUGUCCCCUUCGUGAACAGAACAGGGCGAAAAAUGUUGUUGGCGCAAUGCGGACGAAUAGGGUAGAUUCAUCAACCGGGCCACAGCCCUGAUAUCCACUGAGAAUCACCACUACGUCUGCACGCAUGUUGUCUUGGGUAUGGCGAUGGCCUUCAUGGGCACACCAUAGCGAGGAAAGUGUUGCGCUCUUAUUCAGAGGUGCGGAGGUGUGGUGUGCUUUUGGUCGAGGAAUGCGCCGCUCCCAGUCCGUGGCAAUUAUCCACCAAGUCGUCGCACUGCACUCUCUCGUAUCGUUUUCGUUUCGCUCUCGGUACCUCGUGUGCUCAACACUGAGCUGCCAUCAAGCGGGCGCGCUCUUGGGCACGCGUUGCCAUCAUGGGAAUGGAUGUGCCUAGGUUGAGAAUGCGAAGAGAACGAGUCUGUGACCAGUCAGAGAGAGACCGAUUAGCUGGUGCCGAGGCCGGAUAGUGAUGGAUGGUAUGAAAUACUCAUGUAGCAUCGCCGGGGUUGAAGGGCCUUGUGUGCCGUGGGCGCUUGGUGGGCUUAAUGCAAGCGCAACGAGUAAACCCGCGAGCGAAGUUCAGGUUGUGCUCAUGAUGCG